UGGGCUCUUCUGGAUUCCUUGCAUGAUGCUUGUGAGUCACAUCGUACUGCAGGUGUGCGGUCAAGGAUCAAACCGGUUGAAGCUGACGGUCCUAUCAGAAGACAGACUGCAGAUGAAAUGGAAAGAGAUGGAAGGGAACACCGAUGGGUACAAAGUCCGUGUGAAGCCUAUGGCAGGUGAUUCAGAACAGGAGGUCAUGCUCAAGACCAAGACUGCCAAAGCGACGGUGGGGGGGCUGAGCCCCACAAAAGAGUACUCUUUGCAGAUCUACAUCCUAAAUGGUUCUCAGGAGGCUCUCUUCGUCAAGAGGCGGUUUGUGAUUGACGAACUCAAAAACUUCUCCCAAGUUAGAAGUAACAAAAGGAACCCAACAAGUGUCCCAGAAAAGGCAGAGACGUUCCUGGGGACCACAGCUGCUGAGUACAUCCUGGAGACUGAAGCCACCUUCCCGCCUACCGGUGAAACUCUGAUAAGAAAGGAUGAGCCAGAAAGGAAAAGACAAAAAGCAGCCAUGCCCAAAGGCGGGAUUGAAAAUGCGCCCACCCCAGAGCCAACAGCAAUGCUGGCGUCGCCGACAGCCAUGAGGAUAAUGCCGCUCCCAAGUCAGAUGGAAUUUGAAAUAGACCAUCUGGCCCAGGAGAAAACUACUGGGGAGAGCUUCAGGAGAGUUUCUCACUUCCAGUGUGAUUCGUCUGCGACGACCGAUAUAAUCUUUCUGGUGGACGGCUCGUGGAGUAUCGGCCGCAACAAUUUCAGGCUCAUCAGAGAGUUCCUGGCUGCUUUGGUGUCACCGUUCAACAUUGCUCAGGACAAGAUCAGAGUAGGGUUAUCCCAAUAUAGCAGUGAUCCACGCACCGAAUGGGACCUGAAUACAUACACCACCCGGGAUGAGUUGUUAGGCGCUGUGAGGAGCCUGCAGUACAAAGGAGGCAACACUUUCACAGGACUCGCGUUGACCCACGUCUUGGAACAGAACCUGAAGCCUGAAGCUGGAGCUCGGUCAGAGGCUCCCAAAUUGAUCAUCCUCUUGACGGACGGCAAAUCGCAGGAUGAUGCCGGCCCCUCUGCCCAGACCUUGAAGAAUAUGGGGAUCGAGAUCUUUGCCGUCGGAGUGAAAAACGCCGACGAGGCAGAGUUGCGCCAGGUGGCCUCCGAACCUUUGGAGCUGACGGUGUACAACGUCCUGGACUUCCCCCUGCUUAGUUCCCUGGUUGGCCGGCUUACACGGGUCUUGUGUGCGAGGAUCAAGGAGAAGAACAAGGAGGAGAAUACAGGUGAUCCAGUAAAAACUGCUCCAGCGAACAGCGGUGCCUACCUGAGCCCAACCAACCUGGUUGUCAAAGAGGUGACUUCCAGAAGCAUGCACCUCAUCUGGAAACCUCCAGUGAUACCACCCAAGAAGUACAGAGUGGUCUACUACCCGUCCAGAGGUGGGAUCCCCAAAGAGGUAGUUCUAGAUGGUUCUGCCUCCUCUGCACAGCUCUUCAAUCUCACAUCCCACACCGAAUAUCUGGUUUCGGUAUUUCCCAUUUAUGAGAACGCGGUCGGAGAUGGACUCCGAGGUAUCACCUCGACAUCACCUUUGUCUGCUCCCCGUUCCCUACGAGCCUCUGAAAUCAGCCACAACAGUAUAAAACUGACCUGGCAGCCAGCAGAUGGAGCUACUCAGUAUCUGGUCCUUUGUUCUUCAGCACCCAGCGGUGCCAACGAUGAUACUAAAGAGGUGAAAGUCGAAGAGACUGAAGUUCUGCUCGGGGGUUUGGCUCCCAGUACGGAAUACUCACUAGCUGUGUAUGCCAUGUAUGGAGAAGAUGCUAGCGACCCCGCAAGUAUUCAGGAAACCACUCUGGCCCUGAGCCCUCCACCGCGCCUGAGUUUCUCAGAUGUCAGCCAUGGCUCAGUCAGGGUCAACUGGGAGGCGACUUUGCGAGCCGUGAAAACUCACCGGGUGACGUACAUGUCCAGCAGGGGGAGCAACACCGGGGAGUUGGAGGUUCCUGGCAACGUUUCAUCCGCUGUGCUGAAGCCUCUGUCAUCACUGACAAAAUAUUUCGUCAGUGUGACUUCCAUUUACGAAGAAGGUGAAUCCUUUCCAGUUACGGGCAACGUUACUACGUUAAAGGUGCCGCCGCCGAGCCAUCUGAAGGUCACGGAGCUCUCGGGAAGCGAGAUCCGGCUGGAAUGGGAAGCGAUCGCGGCGUCCGAUGUGGUGGUCUACCAGAUCAAAUGGAACAUCCUUGGUGAAGGGCGGUCGCAGGAGCUCUCUGUUGCUGGAAACUUGGCCGCCGCUGUUCUGCCCGGUCUGAAAAAGAACACCGAAUACCAGAUAUUGAUUUGGGCGUAUUACAAAGACGGGGCUCGGAGUGAUACCGUCUCAGUCCGGCACAGGAUCACCACCAAGAAUCCGCCUGCAAACCUCUUUGUGGAUUCAGAAACCCCCAACAGCCUGCAAGUCCACUGGAGUCCUCCAGAAGGCCUUGUUCAGCACUACAGACUCACCUAUACACCAGAGACGGGCCAGAAGAACCAGGAGAUGAUAAUGCUUUCGGGUAAAAGCCGGACUGUCACCCUUCACUCACUCCUUCCUGGUACUGUAUACACAGUGACUUUGUCUGCAGUGUACCCCACAGGAGAGAGCGACCCUAUAUCUACGACUGGCCAGACAGCCUCAACCUUGGCCAGGCAGCCCACAUCAAGAGGAUCGGUCCCAUUCAAAACUGAUGACUGCCCUGCCCUUGACUCAGCGGAAGGCUCUCUACAAGGGUUCGACCUGAUGGAGGCGUUUGGUCUUAUGGAAAAAGAGUACGCCUCCCUUAAAGGGGUGGCUAUGGAGCCCUACAUCUUCCUGGGAACUCACACUUACACCCUCUACAGAGAUAUCCAGCUGACCCGCCAAACAAGUGAAGUGUUUGCCUUGGGGAUUCCAAGCGAAUACACCAUCGCCUUCCUACUCCGGCUUCUGCCAGAGAGCCCCAGGGAAUCCUUUGCUGUGUGGCAGGUGACGGAUGAAGACUUCCAGCCGCUUCUUGGCAUCGUACUUGAUCCCAACAAGAAAUCCUUGACCUAUUUCAGUCGUGACUACGACGCAGAUGUAGAAGAAGUCACCUUUGACCAACCGGAUGUGAAGAAAGUUUUCUAUGGGAGCUUCCACAAGGUGCACGUAUCCGUGAGCCGUUCCAGGGUCAAACUCUAUAUCGACUGCAAGAAAAUAGCCGAGAAGCCGCUGGGAGUUUCGGAGAGAGUUUCAACUGCUGGCUUCAUCAUGCUGGGGAAGCUGACGAGGACGCGAGGACCACGGAGUGGGUCGGCGGCGUUCCAGCUGCAGUCAUUGCUCAUCGUGUGCAGCAGUUUGUGGGCUGAAGAAGACCGAUGUUGUGAGGUCCCGGCACUGAGGGAUGAAGAGGACUGUCCUAGCUUGCUUCCUUCCUGCACCUGUACAUCAGGGAUUCCAGGUGUCCCGGGACCUCCAGGGCCUCCAGGCAGUCCUGGAAGGAGAGGACCGCAGGGGGAACAAGGAGAGCCAGGCCCCAAGGGUGCACCAGGCCCACCUGGGCAGGUUGGACCAGAAGGCCCAGGAGGACAGCAAGGGACGCCAGGCUCCCAAGGGUUAGCUGUGCAGGGCCCCAUUGGACCACCCGGUAUUAAAGGCGAUAAAGGAGACAGUGGCAGUCCAGGAAUUCAGGGUGUUAUGGGCCCCCAGGGAGUUCCAGGGAAAGAUGGAAUUCAAGGAGCCAAGGGCGUGCGAGGCCUAGAAGGCACAGCUGGACCACCGGGACCACCGGGACCGAGGGGUUUCCAAGGAAUAGCAGGGGCAAGAGGCAGCACUGGGGAGAGGGGCCCCCCAGGAGAAGUGGGACCUACGGGGCUGCCUGGUCCUAAAGGAGAAAGGGGAGAGAAAGGUGAACCGCAGUCCGUAGCGACUAUCUAUCACCUGGUUAACCAGGCCUGCGAGCGUCUGAUUCAGGCGCACAUUUUGAAGUUUGACUCGUUCAUCCACGAGCACACGAGGAAGCCCGUUCCCAUCUGGGAAGACAAAUUGAAGGCAGGAGAGCCCGGACCCCCGGGUCUUCCUGGACCCCCCGGCAUGAAAGGAGAAAGAGGAGAAGUGGGGAUGCCCGGGCAGCCAGGCAGGGAUGGUUACCCGGGAGAACGAGGUUCUCCAGGACCCAAGGGGGAGAAAGGUUCUUCUGGACCUGGCAUGGAUGGCUCACAAGGACCAAGAGGUUGGGCAGGCCCAGCGGGGGAAGCACCGCUCGGUAAGCAGGGACCCAAAGGAACCCCCGGCAGCACCGGAUCCCCUGGGUUUCCUGGGGCUAGAGGCCAGCCUGGAGAACCUGGCCCCACAGGAGGAUGUGUCACUUCAGACUGCUAUGAAGAGACCCUAAGAGAUGCGGAGUCGAUCCCCUGA